AUGGCAACCCGCCACAACACCAGGGACUCGGAGAUCCUGAGUGAGUAUCUCUCACGACGCAGUACACAUACGUCCAAGAAAGAGGAUAAGUCUCUAUGGGGUCGCGUGAAGAAAGCAUGGCAGAAAUGUGGCCUGGACAAGCACACCGUCAUCCAGAUGAUAAAAGGCGGCCUUGCGCCAACAAUCGCAGUGGCGAUCUACCAAGCUACCGAUGUAGCAGACGAGUUCACCACGCUGGGCUAUCUGCUCCCAAUCGUCUCUAUCUAUGGAUUCCCUGUUAUGCCCCGCGCCAAGUUCAUCCAAAUGUUUAUAGUGGAUCUCAUGGCCGUCUGCAUAGGGACUUGCUUCGCGCUGCUGACCAUGCUCUCCAGCGUAAAAGCGCGGCAACACACCGAAUCAGGAUCAACUACCACAUAUAACUCUUCAGCCUCCGCCGUUACUGCGGUCUGGCUGUUUUUUCAAAUCUGGAUGGUGCAUACAUUCCGUGCGAAGUACCCCCAGUUCCAGUUCCCCGUCAUCAUAUACUCGUUCUUCGCCAACAUCGCAGCCAUCUAUGCACCCCAGGAGGCAAAUAUGACAUCUGCAUUCACAUUUGUCUUGAGGCUCCUCAAGACCUUCUUGACGGGGUUAGCUCUCUCGGCCGGCGUGUCGCUGUUUCUCUUCCCGAAUACAUCCCGAAAAGCUGUUUUCAAGCAGAUGGCCGGGUACAUCAAUAGUCUGCGCACCGCGUUAGAUGCACAUGCAGUGUAUUUCUUAACGUUGGAAAGUGAUGACAUGUUUGGACGCGCAGAGACAUACGAUUCCUCGCGUGAGAAAUCGAACAAAAAGGGAAAGGUGUAUAGCCCGGAGGCCGAGGCGAUUCGAGUUGCGAUCCGACAGAUCAAUGACAUGCAUGCGAAGCUCCACGGUGACUUGACAUUUGCUAAACGGGAGUUUGCACUUGGAAGGCUUGGCCCGGAUGACCUGCAGGGCAUUUUUCGUCAUUUACGCCAGGUUAUGAUCCCGGUCACUGGGCUAGGCUUUGUAGUUGAUAUCUUCCAACGACUGUCCGAGUAUAACCGUUGGAAUCCGCCCAUUGACCCAACUGUUGGAGUCCUCCCUGAUGGAAUACGCGAGAGUGUUGUGCGGGACUGGAAUGAAAUUAUGAGGGCAGUGCAUGAUCCGUUUGCGACGAUCAUUCAGACUAUUGAUGAGGGAUUGCUGCAUACUCUUUAUGUGUUUCGAUUGGCUAAGCCGCCAAAAAGGAUAGCAUUGGCGCAGGAGGUGAAUGGCGAUGGUGUGACGCAUGACCCGAAAGAUGUCGAAGCUGAGACGGAAAACCGAAUGCCCGGUGAAAAGGGGUUUGCAAAGCAUUUCGAGAAAAAGCUAGCAGAGUUCCGAAGAGCUAAACGCAUCGCUUUGGAGACAUGGGCCGAAGAGAAAGGCAUCUCUCUCCCACCCGAUUUCUUUGAUCACCCCGCGUCUGUCCAGAGUUUGAAGGGCGACUUUUUCGAUGCGUCGGCCUCUUAUCAAGACCGGAGCAGACGGCAACUAUACCUUUUUCUCUAUAUGGAGCAAUUGCUUUACUCGACUGGGCAAACUGUUUUGACCUUCAUUCUGUUUGCCGACGAGGUCGAAGCGAAAGGCAAGCUGUCACGAAUAAGGCUGGUCAUUCCAGGCUUCAAGCGAUGCUGGAAGUGGGCAAAGAGCUUCUUCGACUUCGGUGAUAACCAUGAGGACGGAAAUAUGGGCGAUGUACACACGCAGAGCUCCAUGUUAGAACUGGGGGAAGCCUACAGGAACCGCAAAGACCCCGAACACCUGCCACCAACGAAUUGGUUUCAGAAAUGUGGUGACAAAGUCCGGAUGAUUCCGAGGUUCCUUAGGUCGUUUGAGGCUAGCUACGGAUUCCGGGUAGCAUGUGCAACCAUGACCAUUGCCGUUGUAGCAUUCUUACACGAUACCCAGCAUUUCUUUACGAAGCAGCGCCUAGUGUGGGCCAUGAUCAUGCCUCCUGGUGUGGUAUAUCCCGGCCAAAAGACGCCUGGGAUCAUCGUAUUCCUCUUUAUCGCCCUCUCAAUCGGCUUCUACGUACCCAUUAAGAUGUUGAGAUUCCGACCGAUCGGCCUCAUCGGUGUCAUCACCACAGCUAUGAUUAUCGGGUAUGAGCUGUCCGUACGCAAAGUCGGGGAGGCAGUCGCUACUUCCAACGGACAAGCUUAUUACCCGAUUUAUGUGCUCGCGCCUUACCGUCUUGCGACUGUCAGCGGGGGGAUCGCUGUCGCUUUCUUCUGGACAUUCUUCCCAUACCCCAUCUCUGAGCAUUCAGUUCUACGCCAAAACCUGGGGGCUUCACUCUAUUACCUCGCUAAUUACUAUUCCAUUAUCCAUGAAACCAUAAUGGCUCGCAUGCGUGGUGAACAAGGCGACAUGACCCUCAAGACGUCUGCAGGACGCAAACUGGAAAAGGCGCGUGGCAAGGUAUUCUCGAAGCAGAUGCUCAUGCUGAAUAGCCUCCGCACGUACUCCGGCUUCCUACGAUGGGAAGUUCCUAUCGGUGGCAAGUUCCCGAAAGACCAGUACGACGCAAUCAUCCUCUGGUACGCCUCCGACACAAUGAUGCGUCUGGGCGAAGACGACGAUGGGUCAGGCUCCGAGUGGUUACGCGACCUGCGCAGACUGGUCGGCGAAGCUCAGGUUACCACUCAUGAGGUGACGACACUGCUAUGUCUGCUCUCAGCAAGCAUCACCAACCGGCAACCGUUGCCACCCUAUCUCAAGACGCCUCGGCCAUAUAGCUUUUCCAAGCGGCUUGAGGCGCUUGAUAAAGAUAUCCUGAGUAUCCAGCAUAUAGCCGAACCCGGUUUCGCCGCAUUUGCAGUGCUGCAGAUAUCUACUCGGUGCAUUGUGGGUGACGUAGAUCGGCUCAUGCGGUGUGUCAGAGACCUAGUCGGAGAGCUGGACUUUUCUUUCCACACCGUCACCACCACGGACGGUAGCAUAACACACUCGAGAAUGGCAUCUGCGGCGCCAUCGAGGGUAUCUGUGAAUGAAGCGCAGGCAGCUGAUCGUGAUAAAACCGCUUAA